AUUAUUCAAACCUAUACAUUUGGUCACUGGAAAUAGCUAUCAGUGUCUAAAGAUGGUUGAUUUAUGUGCAGAUCCUUAUUCAUUUACAUCCUUAUUCAUGUUGGACAUACUGGUGCAUGUCCCAGUACUAGUAAAAUAAUGUGUGAGCCAACCUAGCAGGCAAGUGAGCUGGCCACUUUCCUGCGGAUCUCCAGGAGAACUCCUGUUGUUGUUCAGCUGGCACAUGCUCCUCUUGAAGGACACCACUUCUACAUACUCCACCCUUUGACCCAGUUUCUACCAAAAGUUGGCACCACGAGUAUGGCAUUGCACACACUGCAGAAGCUUUGCAGUGUCUGAAAUCUGUCUCAGCAACUUUCAGACUAUUUAAUUCACCCUGGAAGAAGCAGGGAUGGUGGAACACGCUUGCAAGGACGGUACCAAGUUCAUUCUCUCUUUUCCACCCAGACUACACAGAUUCAUACAGACCUUCAGAGGCCAUUGUGACUGCCUAGGACAGAACAGCAGGGGCCACUGCAGAGGCUUCAGGCAAGGUGACACUCCACUCGGAAGAGUGCUUAGCUGGGGGCUUUCUGGUAACUGGGUCCACUUUAUGAUUAAAAAAGGUAGCCCUCUGACAUUUGUGACGUACACAAGAAGAGAACAAAGGGAACCCCACAUUCCUCUUGUUUAAAUAUUUAAAUGUCAGACUAAAUACCUAUAAAAAAUAUGUCCUUUCCUCCUACCAAAACUAUACUGUUGAAUAAUAGUCAAAUUGAAAUGUUUGUUUAAAGUUAUGGUUUCUACAUUCUGAUAUUUAGCAAAACAUAAGACGCAUUCAAAUGUUUUUAUCUCUUUACACUUUAGACAUUCUUGUAAAUGAGCCAGUAAUCUUUCAGAGGUUGAUAACAUCAAAGUACAUAAUUUAUAAACAUAAUUUACAAAUUACUUUUCUUCAUAACUGUGUUCUUAUUUUCAUCAGAAAAUUAUCACCUAUUAAGUUGCUAUAAUUAAGAUUUUCACUGGGUCUGGUGGUUCAUGCCUGUGAUACCAGGACUUGGGAGACUGACACGGUAGAUUUGCUGUGAGUUUGAGGCCAGCCUAAGUUUCAUGAUAAUGAAGGCAUGAUAUUCCUUCUACUUCGGCUUCAAAUUGAUACCUAGAAAAAUGUUCGUGACGGGGUGUGAACUACGUCAUUGUUAAACCACUGCAACUUAAUUCUACAUAUCUUAUGAUUAUCCACUGUCAGAUUACCUAUUUCUUAUUUCAGUCCUGCACUGCUGGGGAAGACAUCACUAUGUGUAGAACACACUUAUGGGUAUCAUGAAGUGGAUAUCUUGAAGAAGCCUAAUUCGGCACAACCACAUGGCUUUGAUCGGUCCGUGUUUCAGUACAUGCAGGAGUUUAACAAUAUGCUAAUGUAUUUAUGGGAUGACCACGGACUACCGCCAUAGCCGCUGCAUGAGACAAAUGGCAUUCCUUUAGAGUGAAACCACCUGCAUUUCCUUGUCUGGAUGACAAGCACGUGCCAAAGGCGAAGACAGCAAAAGCACAAGUGAAAUAGAGGUGAAUGACAGGCAGGAACCAGAAACGCCUCGCCUACACAUGUUUGUCCACAAACUCCCCUUCUUUUCGGUCCACUUUCCCACGAUGCAUCCGGCAGAGCAGAGAUAAGCGCGUAGAAAACUGGCCGCUGAUGCAGUCUCCAUGGCCAACGCUAAGCAUAAGCACAUUGUAUCUCCUGUUCGUGUGGCUGGGUCCGAAGUGGAUGAAAGACCGGGAGCCAUUUCAAAUGCGCUUAGUGCUCAUCAUCUAUAAUUUUGGCAUGGUUUUGCUUAACCUUUUCAUCUUCAGAGAGCUGUUCAUGGGAUCCUACAACGCAGGAUACAGCUAUAUUUGCCAGACAGUGGAUUAUUCUAAUAACGUCAAUGAAGUCAGGAUAGCUGCUGCCUUAUGGUGGUACUUUGUAUCAAAAGGAGUGGAGUAUUUGGAUACUGUGUUUUUCAUCCUGAGGAAGAAAAACAACCAGGUCUCUUUCCUUCACGUGUACCAUCACUGCACCAUGUUCACACUGUGGUGGAUCGGAAUCAAGUGGGUGGCAGGCGGCCAAGCGUUUUUUGGGGCCCAGAUGAAUUCUUUCAUCCACGUGAUCAUGUACUCGUACUACGGGCUGACUGCAUUUGGCCCCUGGAUCCAGAAAUAUCUUUGGUGGAAGCGAUACCUGACCAUGCUGCAGCUGGUCCAGUUCCAUGUGACCAUUGGGCACACGGCGCUGUCUCUCUACACCGACUGCCCCUUCCCCAAGUGGAUGCACUGGGCUCUGAUCGCCUAUGCAAUCAGUUUCAUAUUCCUCUUUCUCAACUUCUACACGCGGACAUACAAUGAGCCCAAGCAGUCCAAAGCGGGAAAGACGGCCACGAAUGGUAUUUCAGCAAACGGUGUGAACAAGUCAGAAAAGCAGCUAGUGCUAGAAAAUGGGAAACCCCAGAAAAACGGAAAGCCAAAAGGAGAGUAGACUGACCUGGGCCUCACCCGGCUGACAGUGAGGAAACUCCUGUGUCAUAGAAACUUUCAGGGGCAACAGAAGCAGAGGGUCUGGGGUGGGGAGAGAGGCAGAUGUGGUCUGUGCGCCUUCAGACUGAGCACACCUUUUACAAAUGGUACCCAGAUGUUUUAUUUAUGAAGUUUUUAUUUUAAACAUUUUUUAUUAGCCUUGAUGUUGUCCAGACCAAAGCAAUCCCACUGUGACCUUGGAGCCCCUCCUCUUAUUCACACUCACCUGUCGAGUGGGUGAAAAUGUCACCCGUCUUACACUCACCCCUUCUUCAGUCUGAAUUUUAGAUGAUCAUAGAAACACAAUUUUAUGAAAUUUUUUUUUUUUUUUGGCUAAAAUCACUAGUUCCCUACUGGUUGCAAAUCUGACAUUUUCUUGUCCAGAGAUAAACUGUGGAUACAUUUGAAUUUGAAUUCACUUAUUGACCCUUGUGGUAAAAUCUCUCCACCCGUAGUCAGAAUAUUCCCUUUUGGCUGUAAUUAAAUUUGAAAACUCUGCUAAUCUCUGUAGAAUCUUAGAGGCUUGAUGAUGAUGAUGAUGAUGAUGGUGUUGGUAAAAAUAAGAAAGAAUAACAAUAAAAUCCUGUCUUGUGACCCAAAGGCCACCAUGACGUACGGCACAAAUCACUGUGGGAAACAAUUUUUUUUUUUUAUUUUUGUGAUGAGGAAGGAAGAUAGCCUUUGAAUACUCCUAUUAUUAGCAGAAAUGUAUUAUGAGGAUCAAGAUUAUUGAAUGAUUGAAACAACUCAUGUUUUUGUUAGUAACAUCUACGGUAGUCACAUUUACAUGCAGUUAGAAUGCUAAGGGUAUAUAUUGAUUUUAUCAGGCUUUCCUUGUUUUGAUUUGUGGCUGUUGCUGAUUUUUCAUAUGUGGACAUACACCUACCUCUUCUGUUGGAAAGAACAUUUAAAUACAACAAAAUGAAAUAAAUUUUACUUAAAAAAAUCAAGGAGUCUUCUAAUGUAAAAUUUAAUUUUAACUUUCAAACUUGCUUUUUUUGUUUAUUUUAUUAUUUCAUUUAUGAAUAGCACACACCAAGCAUUUCUGCGAUGUUACCCAUCUCUUUCAAUGUGUCUAAUUUUGAGCGACGCUUAACUUCCCUUGUGACUACGUUGCAGAAAUCUUCUCUAUAACUAGAAAUGAAGUAUAAAUGCAUUUUGGUGCAAUACCUUGACUCCUUGGUGCUAAUGAUCGGUACAUCAGUGCUUGCCGUUACAAGGUGUUACUUGUUAAUGCAAGACGAGAGAAAUGGGAGACCGAGGCUGGUCUCUCAAAUCAAAUUUGGUGUUUACAAAAGAUGUAACAGAAACGAACAACUGGAAAAAAGACGGAUUUCAUGAAAUAGAAGCGAACAGCUGAAAAGCUGCGGAAGAGACGUUGUUCCACAUUGUUUUUAUAUAGAUUAAUUUGUUGGUAUGUCACAGAGGGAUCAUAUGGAAAGAAAAAAAUGUGACAAAUCGCAUGAAUAUUUCUAAACCUUCCAACUUGUCAAAACUGCAUGUGUAGGAUGUCUGCUGUGUGUACAGACUUUCUGAAUAUUUUGUAAACUAUAUUUAUUGUGCAUUGAGAUUGCAUUUCCCCCGAAGGCAUGCAGUCAUGAGCAUUGCAGAAAAUUAGCAACACAUACAGUAUCAGUGCCGUCUAAGAGGCUCAACACUUUGUUUCUCGCCAGUGUGUAAUGACUAGAGAUGUGUGAAUCUUUGUGAACAUUCUGUACUGGCUUCCCGGACCCCUUCAUUCCCUGCUCUCAGAUUUCAGCACAAUAAAUAUACUACUGAUGUGGGAAAAGUGA